GAAGUGACUCGCAGGGGGACGUCGGGAGUUUGUCUCGAGCUCCUCUGACUGUUUUCAGCUUCCUCGGGCUUCGAGUGCGCGAGACGAUGGCGACCACUUUUGUGUCGGUGCCAUUGAAGAAAUCGUCCGAGGUGGACCUGGCGAAGCCUCUUUCCAAGUUCAUCCACGCCACUUACCCGAGCGGGGACGCACAGGCCGAGUACGUCAGGGCGGCUGAGGAGCUCAACAACCUGCGGAAAAGCGCUGUCGGCAGGCCUCUCGAUAAGCACGAAAGUUCCUUGGAAAUUUUGCUGAGGUAUUAUGAUCAACUGUGUGCCAUUGAGCCCAAGUUUCCAUUCUCAGAAAAUCAGCUUUGUUUAACUUUCACCUGGAAAGAUGCAUUUGAUAAGGGAUCCCUGUUUGGAGGAUCUGUUAAGCUUGCCCUUGCGAGUUUGGGAUAUGAAAAGAGCUGUGUAUUGUUCAACAUUGGAGCUCUUGCCAGCCAGAUUGCAGCAGAGCAGAACCUGGAGAAUGAUGAAGGGUUGAAAGCAGCAGCUAAGUAUUACCAGCUUGCCAGUGGAGUUUUCCAGCACAUCAAGGAUACCGUGCUGUCAGCGCUGAACCGAGAGCCCACUAUGGACAUCUCUCCAGAUACAGUUGGAACCCUCAGUCUGAUUAUGUUGGCUCAAGCACAGGAGGUAUUUUUCCUUAAAGCAGCAGCUGAUAAAAUGAAAGAUGCAAUAAUAGCUAAACUUGCCAAUCAAGCUGCAGAUUACUAUGGAGAUGCCUUCAAACAGUGCCAGUAUAAGGAAAAUUUACCGAAGUAUUUUUAUUUCCAGGAAGUGCUGCCUGUUUUAGCUGCAAAACAUUGCAUGAUGCAGGCCAACGCAGAGUAUCAUCAAUCAGUUCUGGCUAAACAACAGAAGAAGUUUGGUGAAGAGAUUGCCAGAUUGCAGCAUGCAUCUGACUUGGUGAAGACAGUUGCCUCUCGGUAUGAUGAGUAUAUCAACAUUAAGGAUCUGUCAGACAAAAUCACUCGUUCAUUAACUGCUGCGAAAAAGGAUAAUGACUUCAUUUACCAUGACCGUGUACCUGAUCUGAAAGAUUUGGAGCCUGUAGGAAAAGCCACCUUGGUGAAGCCUACUCCUGUCAGUGUCCCCAUGAGUCAGAAAUUCACUGAUGUCUUUGUGAAGAUGGUUCCUUUGGCAGUGCAGCAAGCUCUGAGUGCAUACGGCCAGAGAAGGGCUGACCUGGUGAACAGACUGAUAGCACAAAUGAGAGAAUCCACUAAUCUAGCCAAUGGUGUGCUGGCCUCCUUGAAUCUGCCAGCUGCCAUAGAGGAUGUUUCUGGCGACAGCAUUCCUCAAUCUAUUUUGGAUAAGUCCAAAGCUGUCAUCCAGCAGGGUGGGCUGCAGACAAUAGAUCAACUUAUGAGGGAUCUUCCAGAACUCCUGCAAAGAAACAGAGAAAUUCUGGAUGAGGCACUGAAAGUACUUGAUCAAGAGGAAGUCACUGAUAAUGAGCUGAAAGCAAAAUUUAAAGAACGCUGGAAAAGGACGCCUUCAAGUGAACUGUACAAACCCCUAAGAACAGAGGGAGGUAAUUUCAGAACUGCUCUGGACCGAGCCACCCAUGCAGAUAAAGUGGUCAGAGAACGUUAUGCUACUCACAGUGAAGUAAUUGCACUGCUUUGUAAACCUGAAGCAGAGCUGAACGCUGCCAUACCAUCUGGCAAUCCAACGAAAUCUCUUCAAGGCAGUGAGGUUGUUAUGCUUCUGAAGACACUUCUUGCUGCUUUGAAUGAAGCCAAGAAAGAGAGAGAAACUUUUGAGAAUGAUAUCAAGUCAGUACAGUUUGACAUGUCAAGUAAGUUUCUGACAGCAUUGGCUCAGGAUGGUGCCAUAAAUGAGGAGGCUAUCUCGGUGACUGAACUUGAUCGAUAUUAUGGAGGUUAUACUGAGAAAGUGCAGCAAAAUCUGAAAAAGCAGGAGGAGUUGCUUGCUAAAAUUCAGGCUGCUCAUGAAGAAUUUUCGAAGUCAACACAAUCAAACACAGAUGCUAAUCAGAGGGAAGAAAUGCUUAAGAAGUUAGCAGCAGGACAUGAUCAGUUUGUUGAACUUGUUAAUAACUUGAAAGAAGGAACAAAAUUCUACAAUGGAUUCACUGAAAUUCUCCUGAAAUUUCAAACAAAAUGUUCUGACAUUGUGUUUGCUCGCAAGACUGAAAGGGAUGAACUUUUGAAGGAUUUACAACAAAGCAUAGCUAGAGAACCCAGUGCACCUGAUAUUCCAGCAGCACCUGCAUACCAGACUGCUGCUUCUGUUGGAGGAACCACACCUGCUGUUCCAACUCCUGCACCCAGAAGUCUAUUUCAACCUAAACCUCAGCCUCCUGCACGGCCCCCACCUCCAUCUGUUGGAUCCACUUUUCCAGCUGCUCCAUUAGCUGCAGCUCCUGCAACCACAAAUGCUCCUGCUCCAAUUGCUUCUAUGCCUGCUCCCGUUGGAGGCACUGGUGUGCUAUCACAAGCACAGGGCCCUCCAUAUCCCUCGUAUCAAGGAUAUCAUGGGUACUACCCAAUGCCUAUGCCAAUGGCAUAUAACCAAUAUGCCUAUGGCCAUUACAACAUGCCGUACAUGUACCCGCCUCCUGGACAGCCACCUUUACAAAGUGCUCAGCAACCUCAGCAGCCAGGAUACCCUUACCCUCAGCAGCAAUUCUACCAGCAAUAAGAGGCACUGUGUGUUUAAGAUUCCAUGUUGUGGUUAAUUUUUAAAUUACCUCAAUACUUUAUCCACUGCAUUCUCUUAAAUUUUAGUCUGAGGUCAAUGCUAAUUAAAUUGUACUGUUAAAAUCUAAGAUUGCACUAAAUGUAACUAUUUUCAGAAUGGCAAACACUAGGAAUAAUUUAGCAAAUUUGAAAUCUCAACUUUUUUUGCAAAAAUGAAUAUGGUACAAACUACUCAUUAGAUAUAUCUUUUGUUAAGAGUUUUUUCCUAAUUCAGUUUUGGGGAAUGGGCCUGAAAUGCUGCACAAAUAUAAAGCAGAUUGUGUUUGUAGGGUUGUCUUUGAGUGCUACUUUUGCAUAUUUGCUUAUACUGUAUCUGGUUUAUGUUAUUUCCUAUAUACUAUUUUGUCUAAUCAGGGCCUUGUAAAUCAUAUGGUAAAUUAAGCUAUAAUUGCAUUAAAAAUCAAGAUUGAAA